ACACACAGAGGAUGCAGGGGAGGAAGUAAACAGCGGCGGAAAAAAGCAGGGUUGAGACAACGGGGGCUUAUGGAGAAGAGAAGAUAUAAGCCGUGUCUCCCCUCUCUCGUCAUGGGCAACGUGAGGUCACUGGCAAAUAAGAUGGACGAGCUGACAGCGGUCGCCAAAAGUCAGAAGGAGUACCGGGAAUGUAGUCUUAUGUGCUUCACUGAGACAUGGCUUCACCAGGACAUUCCCGACAACAACGUCUCCAUCAGCGGCUUCCAGACUGUUCGGGCCGACCGGGACUGCACCGAGAGCGGUAAGCGCAAAGGAGGGGGGCUUGCUGUUCUAGUAAAUAACCGCUGGUGCAGUCCUGACCAUAUUUCCAUUAAGGAACGUAUCUGUUGCCCGGACAUUGAACUGUUUGCUGUUGGACCCAGGCCGUAUUAUUUGCCCAGGGAGUUUUCACAUGCCAUUAUUGUAACUGUUUACAUCCCCCCCUCUGCCAACCCGACGUCGGCAUGUGACGUCAUUCACUCCGCCAUAGCCCGCCUGCAGACUAAACACCCGAGUGCCUUCAUAGCUAUCUCGGGUGACUUCAACCAUGUCACCAUGGCAACAACAUUGCCCACAUUCACACAGUAUGUGAGCUGUCCUACCAGAGAGGAGAGAACACUGGACUUGCUGUAUGCAAACGCCAAAGAUGCAUACAGCUGCUCCCCCCUCCCCCCUCUGGGUAGGUCAGACCACAACCUGGUGCACCUCAACCCCUGCUAUGUACCACUAGUCAAGAGCCAGCCUGCGACCAUGAGGACAGUGAGGAGAUGGUCGGAGGAGACUUAUGAGACACUGCAGGGCUGUUUUGGUGUGACAGACUGGCAGGCACUCUGUGAGCCACAUGGGGAGGACAUCGACGGGCUCACAGAAUGCAUCACGGACUACAUCAGCUUCUGUGUGGACUCCACUGUCCCAGCCAGGACUGUCCAUUGUUACCCAAAUAACAAACCGUGGGUAACAAAGGACAUCAAAGUCAUCCUCAACUCAAAGAAGAGGGCCUUCAGAGCUGGUAACAGGGAGGAGGUGAGAACAAUACAGGGGGAGCUGAAGAUGAAGAUCAGGGAGGCUAAGGAGAGGUACAGGAGGAAGCUGGAGAGGAAACUCCAGCAGAACAACAUGAGAGAGGUCUGGAGUGGAAUGAGGACCAUCACUGGCUUCAGGACCAACAACCACAGAGGAGUUGAAGGCAGCAUGGACAGGGCCAAUGAACUGAAUCUGUUUUUUAACAGAUUUGACACUACUGGCCCUGCCCAUCCCCCCCCUGACUCUUCUGCUGUCUGUCUUGGUCAACCAUCUCCCACUCCGCCCUCCUCCCCCACUCCUCCCUCUCACACCUCAACACCCUCCUGCUUGACCCCCCCUCCUCCUCCUCCUCACACCUCCUCUCCCCGUGGUCAGACUGACUGCUCUCUCCAUCAUGAGGACUACACCCCUCCCCCACGUGUCAUCACCUCCACAAUGUGCUUCACUGCUGACCAUGUGAGAAGACAGCUGAUGAGACUCCACUCAAAUAAGGCUGCAGGCCCUGAUGGUGUCAGCCCCAGGGUGCUCAAAGCCUGUGCCCCCCAGCUAUGUGGAGUACUUCAGCAUGUCUUCAACAUGAGCCUGAGUCUCCAGAGGGUCCCCUUGCUGUGGAAGACAUCCUGCCUCGUUCCUGUGCCAAAGACGUCGCGUCCCAGUGGCUCCAAGGACUACAGACCCGUGGCAUUGACCUCCCACAUCAUGAAGACCCUGGAGAGACUCGUCUUGGAGCAGCUCCGGCCCAUGGUCAAGCCACUUUUGGACCCCCUCCAGUUCGCCUAUCAGCCCCGACUUGGAGUUGAGGACGCCAUCAUCUACCUGCUCAACCGUGUCUACGCCCAUUUGGAUAAGCCGGCGAGCACUGUGAGGGUCAUGUUUUUUGACUUCUCUAGUGCGUUCAACACCAUCCGUCCAGCUCUACUGGGUGACAAGCUGACAGCAAUGCAGGUGGAUGCCCCCCUGGUGUCCUGGAUUGUAGACUACUUGACUGGCAGACCACAGUAUGUGCGCUUGCAACGCUGUGUGUCAGACAGAGUGGUCAGCAAUACCGGGGCCCCGCAGGGGACUGUCCUCUCUCCCUUCCUCUUCACCCUCUACACCACGGACUUCAGCUAUUGCACUGAGACCUGCCAUCUUCAGAAGUUUUCUGAUGACUCUGCUAUAGUUGGAUGUAUCAGCAAGGGUGAUGAGGAUGAGUACAGGGCUGUUGUGGAUAACUUUGUCACAUGGUGUGAGCAGAACCAUCUGCAGCUCAACGUGGCAAAGACAAAGGAACUGGCUGUGGAUCUGAGGAGGACCAAGACACCGGUGACCCCUGUUUCCAUCCAGGGGGUCAGUGUGGACAUUGUAGAGGACUAUAAGUACCUGGGGGUACACAUUGACAAUAAACUGGACUGGGUUAAGAACACUAACGCUCUCUACAGGAAGGGCCAGAGCCGUCUCUAUUUUCUGAGGCGACUGAGGUCCUUCAACAUCUGCCGGACUAUGCUCAGGAUUUUCUAUGAGUCUGUGGUGGCCAGUGCUAUCCUCUAUGCUGUUGUGUGCUGGGGCAGCAGGCUGAGGGUGGCGGACGCCAACAGACUCAACAAACUGAUCCGCAAGGCCAGUGACGUUGUGGGAAUGGAGUGUGACUCUCUGAUGGUGGUGUCAGAGAGGAGGAUGCUGUCUAAGCUACGAACUAUCUUGGACAAUGUCUCACACCCACUCCACCAUGUGCUGGUCAGGCACAAGAGUACUUUCAGUGGGAGACUCAUACCACCAAGAUGUACCACUGAGCGCCACAGGAAAUCAUUCCUGCCUGUGGCCAUCAAACUGUACAACUCCUCCCUCUGAGUGGCCCUGAGACUUUUUCACACACUGCAAUAAUUUAAUUUAACUUGUGCAAUAACCCCAUUCACCCUGACUGUAUAUAUUCUGUUUGUGUAAAUAAUCUUGUUCAGUUUACAAUAUAUAUAUGUAUAUAUAUAUAUAUAUUUAUUUACGUUUAUGUUUGUUAAUAAUUCCUGUUUAUUUAACUAUAUAUUUGUAAAUACUAUUGUUUAAAUUUCUUAUAUUUUCACGUAUCUUUCCUCUCUUGCAAGGAGCACCUGUAACAUAAAUAAUUUCCCCUCGGGGAUCAAUAAAGUAUUUCUGAUUCUGA